AGUUACCUUUAGUUCUUGAGAGGAGUGACUGAAGAAAAAGAAGAAGUGAAAAAUAAAAAAACAUUUACAUAUUUAAACCAGCAACCAGGCUCUUCUCGGUCACAGGAAAUAGUUUGCUUUCAAACUCAUCCAUUCCAUGAUCGAUGGAGGAAAUCUAUGCCAACGUUGAAAGUGUCAAACCCCUAAACUCAAGGUCAUCUGCAAAACCAAAAGGUCCCAGGAGUUCAGAGAGAUUUCUCCAAGCUGCUGUUCUCUGUCUGGGGCUGCUGAGUCUUUUCCUGCUGGCUGGACUCAUCGGCCUCGCUGUCCGCUACCAUAACUCAGUAGGCGGUGCAGCUGCAGAUCUCUCCAGUGUCAAAGCAAACCUUACUGAGCGUCUCCAGGCCAGCGAUCAGCAGCUGUCCUCCGUGUCUGAAGAGAGAGACCGACUGAAUGCCAGCCUCACUGAAAAGACCAAAGAGGUGGCCCGGCUUCAGAGUUCGAAGACAAUAUGUCCUGCCGGAUGGAGGAAGCACAGUUGUUCCUGUUACCUCCUCCACAAACAGACUGACUCCUGGGAAAAAGCCAGAGAGCACUGCAGAGAGAGAGGAGCACACCUGGUGGUCAUAGACAGUGCUGCAGAACAGAUAUUUAUGGCUGGGUUUACCAAGACAGAUGUAUGGAUUGGUCUGAGUGACAGAGAGAAGGAGGGGACCUGGAAAUGGGUGGAUGGAUCUCCGCUGACUCUGAGGAACUGGGAGACAAUACAGCCUGAUAAUGGAGGAGGGGAUCCACGGUGGGGCGAAGAGGAUUGUGCAAUAAUCUACACUCACACCAAUGAGUGGCACGACCGGUCCUGUGAAAGCACUCAGCCUUGGAUUUGUGAGAAAGAAGCGGUGUACCUUUGAGAUUAUAAAUACAAUAAUGCUUUUACAACACAUAUUUAUAUUAAGCUCUAUACGGCUAUUCAAAAUGCCUGAUUUCAUAAUUAAAAUGACGUUGCUUGACUUCAUAGAUCAUUCACCUUUCAUGUGUUUAGGAUUGUGUUAACAUAAAUGACCUGUAUUUCUUACCAAAACCAUAAAUAGACGUUUAAAUUGUGAAUCUUUGCAAACUUUUCUACGCCUCAGUAAGAUCAGGGGGGGUUAGAGAGGGUCAGAUCUUUGUGAUGUGGAUAUGGUAAAAUGCAGUUUUGAUUACUUGAUGGAUGUGAGUCUGAGGGCAUAGAAGUCACACGUUUCUGUAUUGUGAGAUAACACAACACACAGGAUGCACAUAAACAUACGGUGUCUGCCCAUUUCACUCACCAGAAGAUUAGUUUGGGUUUUAGGAAAAGAAAACAGCUGUGUUAUUUAUAGUUUUUUGUAUUUGAACACGUUUUAGUUUAUUUUGUUUUCCUGUAAUAUUUGUUAGGUUUUGGGAUGAUAAUGGAGGUCCAUAUUAUGGCGAAGAGGACUGUGCACACAUCAAACCUUACACCAAUGAGUGGAACGACCGGUCCUGUGAGAACGAUAUGCAUUGGAUUUGUGAGAAAGGAGCUCAACAUUAGUGCAUGCUUUGAUAUUUUACAUGCACAUUUUUCCACAUCAACAUAAAAACUGCUUAUUAAAAUGUGCUGUGAAGCCCACAGCUCCUGAAAGAUAUAAUACUGAAGGUUCCUUAUCAAGGAGAAUAUGAUAAAAAUCAAAACAGUCAAACAUUAUUGAAUAACUCAGACAUAGUGCAACAGAACAAUACUCUAGUCUCAGCAUUGGUCUAACUUGUUCAAUCAUGUAAAAUAACCUGAUGUGUGUUCCUACAGUACGUCUAUAACAAUGACCUCUUGUGGCCAUGUGAGCACAAAUCUAUGGCAUGCAUUUAUCAUUCAUAGUUACCAGCUGCUCUGUACAUUAAAAAAAAGGGCUGUCAAUUCAUGUUCCUCACAAUAACAGUCAGUGACUUUUACUGCAGGAUGUGCUCAUGUUUCAUUUCAAACUCAAGUAAAACUGCUUUAGUUUGAAGUUGAUUACAGUACUUUGCAAAUGUGAUAUAACUCGCUCACGCAAUGGCAACUUUUUUUGAGCAUGCAUACAAAGAUAAACACCUAAAAAUAAAAUGUUGCGGGGGCAUCAGAUGUUCUCUGAUCAGAUAAGCCCUUGCAUUUCAACACAUUGCUGCCAUCAGCUAAAACAGUGACCACCAUUUCCUAUUUUUUUCUCAAAGUGAAUAACUUUCAAUUCUGAAAAUCUUUCUCUGUUUAUGAUCAGCCAGCAGAAAAUCUUGUGAAAUGCACCCAACUGAUUUGGACUGUUAGCAAGUUGGCUUUAUCGAGUGUCAAUUGUUUUUUGUUAAGGAGGUCAUUUAUAUAUUUGUUGUGUAUUUAUGCGAUCAUGAACAAAAUAAAGUGUUUUGAAAUGUC